UUUUCCCACAAUGCACCGCAGUGUUUUGGUUCCGGCCGCCUGUCCAACAUGGCGGCUCCGGACUGCGUCUUCUACAGAACCCUGUGCCGCUCCAGACCCGCGCAGCACAAGUGGACGUCUCCAGCCGUCUGCAGGGACGUCCUCCAUGUGGUGGAAUUGCAGCGCUACAGCAGAGACCCAGGCUCCUCUGUCUACUUCCCCCAGGCCGUCCUCAGCGGUGAUGACCUCUAUGAUGCCACGUUGACAGACGGGCAUUGCCGGCUCCGUGUGACUCUGGAUCCUGGUCUGAACCGGCUGGUGGAGAGGUACGUCCUGAGGUCCGGAUCGGCGCUUUGUGACGCUGCCUUCACGCGCGCAAUGAGCGCUCAGCUCCCAGCAUGCCCCAUGGCGCCCGCGGACGGAGACAGCUACAAGCUGCUGAGUGCGGAGGUCUCAGGUGGAGCUCCAGGUGAGGAUGGAGGACUCGGGAAGUUCCACGUGGACUCUCUGUCCUGGUUCGGGUCCUCGGGACCAGCAGGUGCUCUGGUUCCUCUGCGAGCCAAUAGGAGCGUGUUUCUCCCUCUGUGGAACAAUGUGGACUACAGCGGGGGGGCGUGGAGGGAAGCUCCUCCCACUGACGAAGAUGAGGAGGAGGAAGAGAGAGAGCUCCGCCCCGCUGUGACCGUGGCGGAGCUGAGGGACUCGUUCCUGAUUGGUCGCAGGGGCGUUGCCAGGGGCGUUGCCAGGGGCGCCGUCCACCGCCAGCUGAUCGUUCGCAUCAUCAACAAGUCACACCUGAUGUAUUAUGGGAGGAGUGACGUGAACUGUGAAUGUCCAUAUAAGGCCGUGCUGGAGGUGUGCGACCGGACAGGAAGUGUGUGCGUGGUGUUGUGGAACAGCGUGUGCCUCGACUGGUAUCGCCGCUUGACGCCUGGUGACAUCGUCAACCUGAGACGCUAUCGAGUCAAACAGCGUUUCCAGGCGCAGCCGGACGACAUAGAGAUCAGUGUGAACAGCAGGAAUCCUGCUGCUCUCAUCUCUGUCCUCCCAGAAUCCUCUGCUUCCCCUCAGCAUCUCCCACCUGCAGCCUCCUACAGCUUCUGCAACAGCAAGGAGCUCCUGGACCGUCCUCACGGCGCCGUGUGUGAUGUCAUCGGCCUGCUGACCUUCUCAGGACGACCCGAGCGAAUCAGGAGCGAUGGAAGAGGGGCGGAGCUAUUGGAGUAUCACUGGCUGCGAUUGGAGGACGGCAGCAGCCACCGGCCAAUCAUGGUGAAGCUCUUCUCUACGUCUCAACCCGAAUCCCACCACAAGCUCCACCCACUCUCCGUGGUAGUUUGUACCAGACUGAAGUUGAUCAGAGCUGCUGGUGGCAGUGACGUUGUCUUCUACUUGACCAACACAACGUACACACAGGUGUACUGCACAGGCAUGCGCCACCACUCAGAGAUGAGUUACCGCAAGCUGCGGCCGGUGCAACAGUUCAUCCAAUGGCUGCGGAGCCAGGAUGACGGACAGGUGCUAAGCAGGGCUCUGAUUGGAGGGUUCUUCAUCUACCCGUCUCCUCCGGUCUCAUUGGAAAUGUACAUGAAAGACAGGAGAGGUGUACCGGGCUUCCUGCGAGGGGCGGAGCUUCAGAGGGAGCUAGAGAGGCUCUGUUACCGGGAGCGACAAACCUUCUGUAUCCAGGCAGCUGUUACCAUGGUGAUUUACCGCCGCAGAGGAGAGGAGGAGCGAUGUUUGUGUUGGACGGACCGAACUUCAUCCCUCUGCUCCUCCCCCUGUUUCCGUAACUCCUCCCCUUUUCCGUCUCCCUCCCCCGCGACACCUCGUUCCUUCAGAAGUCCUCCAUCGUCCUCCUCCCCCUCCUUGUCUCCUAUGUCUCUGUGUUCGACCUCCACUCCUGUGGACCACAGAUCAGGGAAGUCCAGGAAGAAGAGGCUCACAGAGACGCUUCCACACAAGAGACGACCGUUUGUCACAUUACAAUCAGAACAGAACCAGUCAGACAUCCUGUUUGAAGCCUCCAUGGAGUUCAUAGAAAGCACCAACGCUGAUGAGGACGAUGAAGACGAUGAAGAUGGAGACACUCUGCCCUUGGUCAGCGCCCCCCUCCCCCCUGAACAACCCCUCAUCACCUCGGAGACGCUGCCGCUGCGUUAUGACCACGCCCACAGGGAGGAGCAGGCGGUUGCCAUAGCGAUGGGAGGGGCAUUAACUGGGAGGUUUGACUCCGCCCUCGAUGAGUACUACACUCUGAGACUUAGAGCUCUCUCAGACGGCGUUUUGGUCGACGCCCUCUUCCUCCCCCUGUCCCCCUCCUCCCCCCCUCCACUCCUCCCUCACGCCAACACCUGGACCUCCAUCUUAUCCCAUGGAGCCUUCUGCCCUCACACACCUCCCCCAUCCCCAGCCGACCUCAUCGGCAUGGCGACACAGCUGGCCAAUCAGAGACUGGUGUGUGUCUUGGAGGCGUGUCAUCUGGGUGGAGCCACAACUGAACUCGUCCUGAGCCGAGCGUUUCCCCUCCAUCACUGACACACACACACAGACACACACACACGUGAUGAAUCCUCAUGUUGUUGUACUUUGUAGUACUUCUGAAGGUAUUUUAGAUGAAUCCUCAUAUUGUUGUACAAGAAUACAAAAUAUAACUACUGUUAAGUAAUACCAAUUUAAUUUAAUUCAGCAAAAUAUGCAGCAAAUGUCUUUUGUGUUCAUUGAUGUACUUUAUCUACUAAACAUUACGUGUUUGUUUUAUACAAAGAAUAAAACGGUUUUGUUGGUUUCAUGUAAAUAAUUUUGAUUAUUCUUAGUAAUUUAUAUUACUAUGAAUAUAAUGUAUACAUAGUAUAAUAUAUACAUGUAUAUUAAUGUUUUUUUGUAAUUCAUAUUUGUGUUGCAAUUCCUUUUAAAAAAAUAGGAGUGGUUCACUCGGACCCAUUGGAUGAACAUACAUGUGAACAUACAUGUGAACAUACAUGUAAACAUACAUGUAAACAUACAUGUAAACGUAUGAGGGGUCACAGGUGGACACUAAAAUGGAGGAAGUCGACUCGAUGGCAGUUGACACAUAAUUGACAGCAUUUUUUUUUAUUUCUGGUGGUCGAUGUUGUUGUUUUGGUGUUCUUAUUGUUGAAUGAAAAGAAAUAAAUCUAUAUAGAAAUGUUCUUUCUUUAGUCGAAUGUGAUCUUAAAAUCACAUUUUAGUGCCAUAAAGGUUGUGUUUGAAAAGAAAAACUCACAUUAAAAUAUCUUCAUUUCUCACUUUCA